UUCCCCGUAAAGAUGGUAUUUUCAUUUUUUUUUGCUUCUUCACUCUCAUUUUCCCUUCUUUCUUGAUUCUGUUUCACACCCCCUUUUCCUUUUUCUGUUUGAUUAAUCUUCAUGUUUUCUUCAAGAUUUCUUUCACCCUUCUCUCCCUCAUUUGUGUAGAACCAAAAUUCCAAGAAAAGUUUGCAUUUUCUGCACAGACAUUUGACUUCUGAUAGUACAUUUGGUUAUGCUUUUUACAUCAAGAACUGCAGAUUUCUGGGGUUUAAUGACAAUUUUCCAACAUUUUGUGUCAUAUUGUUGAAAUCAAGGGAUUUGGGAUUUGGGUUUUUGGUGAUUUGGGGUUUUUGUUGGAGUUACAAAAAGGGUUUUAGAGCAGAAAAACAGAGGCCAUGGCAGGAGGAGGAGGAGGACAAGCAGCACCACCUAAACAAGAUGAGUUGAUGCCACACCCUGCUAAAGAUCAACUUCCCAAUGUUUCUUAUUGCAUAACCAGUCCACCACCUUGGCCUGAAGCAAUACUUUUAGGUUUCCAGCAUUAUCUUGUGAUGCUUGGAACAACAGUUCUCAUUCCUACUACUCUGGUUCCUCAAAUGGGUGGAGGGCAUGAAGAAAAGGCAAAGAUGAUUCAGACACUACUCUUUGUUGCUGGUCUCAAUACGUUAACACAAACACUUUUUGGAACACGCUUACCGGCUGUCAUUGGAGGCUCUUUUACUUUUGUACCUACUACAAUUUCAAUCGUGUUGGCUGGUCGAUACAGGGACAUUUUGGAUCCUCAAGAGAAAUUUGAGAGGAUUAUGAGAGGGACUCAGGGUGCUCUUAUCGUUGCUUCAACACUUCAGAUUGUUCUCGGGUUUAGUGGACUUUGGCGCAAUAUCACGAGGUUCAUGAGCCCAUUAUCAGCCGUUCCACUGGUUACGUUAGCCGGAUUUGGGCUAUACGAAUUUGGUUUUCCGUUGGUUGCCAAAUGUGUCGAGAUUGGACUUCCACAGCUUGUUGUUCUGCUAAUUUUCUCACAGUACAUACCCCAUCUUAUGAGUGGAAAAAGCCAUAUCUUUGACCGGUUUGCCGUUUUGUUUUCGGUGGUAAUCGUGUGGAUAUAUGCUCACUUACUCACUGUUGGUGGGGCAUACAAGAACAAAUCUGAUGCAACUCAACUAAGUUGUAGAACUGAUCGUGCUGGAAUCAUAGGCGCUGCACCCUGGAUUCGAGUUCCUUAUCCAUUUCAAUGGGGAGCGCCCACAUUUGAUGCCGGAGAAGCUUUCGCUAUGAUGGUUGCUUCAUUUGUGUCUCUGGUCGAGUCUACUGGCGCUUUGAUUGCGGUUGCUAGGUAUGCGAGUGCGACUCCUAUGCCACCGUCGGUUCUUAGCCGUGGCAUUGGCUGGCAGGGAGUUGGCAUUCUGUUUUCCGGAAUCUUUGGGACAGGAAAUGGUUCUUCCGUAUCUGUUGAGAAUGCUGGUUUGCUCGGUUUAACACGCGUUGGUAGCAGAAGGGUCGUUCAGAUUUCUGCCGGUUUCAUGAUAUUCUUUUCCAUUCUUGGAAAAUUUGGGGCGGUAUUUGCAUCGAUCCCAGCACCCAUUGUAGCCGGAUUAUAUUGUUUGUUCUUCGCCUACGUGGGCUCAGCAGGCCUCGGGUUCCUCCAGUUUUGCAAUUUAAACAGCUUCAGGGUAAAAUUCAUUCUUGGAUUCUCGAUCUUUAUGGGCUUAUCGAUACCGCAAUACUUCAACGAGUACACCGCCAUCAAAACUUACGGCCCCGUCCACACGAAAGCCAGAUGGUGGAAUGAUAUGGUAAAUGUACCAUUCUCUUCGGAAGCGUUUGUUGGCGGAUUAUUGGCGAUGUUUCUAGACGUAACAUUGAGGCAAAAGGACGCUGCGACAAGGAAGGACCGAGGGAUGCAUUGGUGGGACAAGUACCGAUUGUUCAAGACGGAUACGAGAAGCGAAGAAUUCUACUCCCUACCCUUUAAUCUCAACAAGUUUUUCCCUUCCGUUUGAUCGAAAAACAGGAUCUUUUGUUACCAUUGCAUAGCACGUUGUUACGAACAUUCGAUCUUUAUGCAUUCGAUUUUGAAUCUUGAUC